CUUAAUAAAAGUUCCUCUUUCGCUGUCGGUUUCUCUCUUUUGCUUGCGGUUCUUCAUCUGCGACGGUUUCUCUCUUUCGCUGGCGGUUUCUUCAUCUGCGAGGAUCGAUAGCAUAGUUCCCUAAUUUUAGGGGAGUAUAUUAUUUAUCGUUUAACACUGCUCCAGUCCCCUGAUUAGCAAAUGAUGGCUGCGCCAACCAAUCCCAGCCACCUUCUCUGUGCUCUGAUCAACCAGCUCCGCCAACACAAGCCCGAAUCCAGCCAAAUAACUGACGAAGCGGCCACCGAUGGUGAAGCUGCGGUUUCGGUAUCGGAGGGUAGCGGCCGCGACUUUGAUGAUCGAGGCAAAGUUUUCUCCUCAAUAGGUUUCUCCGAGUCCGCCUCGCCUUCGAGGGUCCUCUCUCCAGAACGCUUCAAUCCGAAGAGGGCCGCUGUUCUUAUCUGCCUAUUUGAGGGCGAGAACGGAGAACUCAGGGUUAUUCUCACCAAGCGCGCCUCCAAUCUCUCCACGCACUCCGGAGAGGUGGCUUUGCCGGGCGGGAAGGCGGAGGCGGGGGAUGCUGACGACCGUGAAACUGCUACCAGAGAGGCUAAGGAGGAGAUCGGUCUCGAUCCUUCUCUAGUCACGAUCGUGGCGAUUCUGGAACCCUUCCUCUCCCUGCACCUUCUCCGAGUCGUCCCUGUCAUUGGUGUACUAUCUGAUAAAAAAGCAUUCGCACCUAUUCUUAACACUGCUGAAGUGGAGGCUAUAUUUGACGCACCAUUGGAAAUGUUCCUCAAGGAUGAAAAUCAUAGGUCUGAGGAGCGAGAAUGGAUGGGGGAGAAAUAUCUCUUACACUAUUUUGAUCAUGAAAUCAAUAAGAAGAAGUUUCUUAUAUGGGGUUUAACUGCAAGUAUCCUGAUUCAUGCUGCUUCAGUUGUAUUCCAGCAGCGACCAUCCUUCCCUGAAAUGAAGCCAAUCUACAAAUACCCUACCAAUUUUAAGGUGGGAUUUACUAAGACAUAGCUUUU